UCAGUUGUUGAAUUUUAGUUCCGUGCCUACGUAGUGCUCACUUCAGCCUCUGUUUGUUAGGCUGGAUUGGACUGUGCUAGACAGAGUAAGGAAUGGUCUGUUUUUUUGCUGCGGACUGAAAAAUCUGUCUUUCUCCACACGCUUGAAAGGGGAAAGAAAAGAAUACUUGUUUUGUCAAAGGGAGUCUACAGCUGUGGGGCGGUUGGAUGAGAUCUGAAGAGACCACCUUGUCAUAAGUAAACGGAAAUCCCAAUGAAUCUCAGCCUUUAUAUAAAUCGUUGAAACAGGACUCAGACCAAAUGGUUAACCUUCCAAUUUUUGCCAUCUGAGUCUUCACAAUAGUUCUGAGAAAACUCUAAUCUGAAGCAAUGUCUCUUCAGCUACUCCGACUUUCUCUUGCGAUUAUUUGUGUACUUCUGGUGACAUUCACAUUCCCAGAUGGGUCAAGUGGAAACAAAUUGCGCAAGAUGAUUGAGAAAAGAAGUGCUGAGGAGAAAUUGGCUGUUUCAGUUCCUGAGUCCAAGGCGAAAGCGUUUUUGAAUAGUUUGAAGCGUUCAAGACGGUAUCUAUGGGAUAGGUCUCGUGAUGAUGUUCAGCAGUGGUAUCAGCAGCUUAUGAACAUGGGAUAUUCUGAAGCUAAAUUUGAAGAAGCUGUUGCGUACUGGAUGAGUGUGCAUCAGGGCACUAUUCAUGAUGACCACUCCCGGUUUUACAAUCGACACCAUUAUGAUGAGAAUUCUCCAACUGGCCCUUAUUAUUCCCAAUCUAUGCGCUACGGUGCUAACGUUAACUAUGAUGACUAUUAAAGCAACAAGAUGUAAUCAAUAAACAUUAUGUUGUUUAGCUUUUUCUCACCUGGUGAAAUGAUAUGCAUCUUUUUCUUGAACAAGAAAUUUCCUACAUUUUAUAAAUUGAAUGUUGUUGCUAUAAUAAAUAGCUUUGUGUGAGUUAUUCAGAACAUAUCAAAUUAUAGAAAUAAAUGUUAUUGAACAUUGGAAUUAUUCUUUGAAUGUGAAUGUACCAUUUCUGUAAUUAUUUGCUCUGCUUUAUAAAAUGGUAUUCUGCA